CCGCGAAGAUCACAUGACGCUCAAACCGGUUUUUAAUUGUUUGUGUUCCGCUCUGAUGACUCCAGACUGGCCCGCUGGUGCCCUCAGAGUGGUCUACCUCGGCGCUGGCAACGUAGGUUUUCAUAGACGACUGCAACCACAUUCUACAGUCUCAGGAGAGGAGAAAGGGCUCCAGAGAGGAGGGUGACUGGGCCGGCCAGGCGGCCUGGGUCAGUGCUUUGUCCCUGUCUUUCCCAAGUCUAAUGGAACCAACGUGAUCUCCUGUCUGGCCAGGCUUUGACAGCUGAUCUUCCGUAUGACUCCAGACGCCACCAUGGCGCCCACGGACUCCUGGCAACAGCAUUCAGACUCAGAGAGAGAGGAGCUUCUCUCUAGCAUGCCUCAUCAGCCAGGGGCUCAAUCUGUCCACUGGAGAAACUUGAUCAGUUUUUGGCUCCUAGGUCUUUGCAACAACUUCUCCUAUGUGGUGAUGCUCAGUGCUGCACAUGACAUCCUCAGCCACCAGAGGGCACCUGGAAACCACAGCCAUGUGGAUCCAGAGCCAACACCCAUUCCUCAAAACAGUACUUCUAGAUAUGAUUGCAACCCUUUGUCUACAGCCGCUGUCCUCCUGGCUGACAUUCUGCCUACAUUCAUUAUCAAGUUGCUCGCUCCUCUUGGCCUUCACUUGUUGCCCUACAGCCCUCGAGUUAUCCUUUGUGGGGCCUGUGCUGCUGGUAGCUUCCUUCUGGUUGCCUUUUCCCAGGAAGUUGUGACCAGCCUAAGUGGUGUGGUCCUGGCCAGUAUUUCCUCUGGGCUGGGGGAGAUAACCUUUCUAGCUCUUACUGCCUUUUACCCCAGGGAGGUGGUUUCCUGGUGGUCCUCAGGCACUGGGGGGGCAGGGCUAUUGGGGGCCCUGUCCUACCUUGGUCUGACCCUGGUUGGUCUUUCCCCUGGAAAUGCCCUACUUUCUAUGCUAGGCCUCCCUGUUCUCCUGCUGGCCAGUUACUUUCUGCUGCUGAAGUCCCCAGACUCAUUGGUUUCCCAGAGAGAUGGGGUUCUUGAGACCUCUGCUCAACAGCCCCUCAUACCAGAAGAGAGCUCAAAGCCCCGCCUCAACUUCAAUGUGAACCUCUCUUUCAGUGAAAGGUGGAAUGUCUUCAAGGGUCUACUGAAAUACAUUGUUCCCUUGGCUCUGGUUUAUUUUGCUGAGUAUUUUAUCAACCAGGGACUGUUUGAGCUCCUUUUCUUCAGAAACACAUCGAUGACCCACUCACAGCAGUACCGAUGGUACCAAAUGCUAUACCAAGCUGGAGUCUUUGUCUCUCGAUCCUCCCUCCACUGCUGCCACUUCCGUUACAUCUGGAUAUUAUCAGUGCUUCAGUUUCUGAAUCUGGGCUUCCUGAUGGCAGCAGUAUGGUUCGGAUUCCUUCCCAGCAUCUAUCUUGUUUUCCUGAUCAUUCUGUACGAGGGAUUCUUGGGUGGGGCUGCCUAUGUCAACACCUUCCACAACAUUGCUGUUGAGACCAAGGAUGAGCACCGGGAAUUUGCCAUGUCAACUGCCUGCAUAGCAGAUACCUUAGGGAUCUCUCUGUCAGGGGCUUUGGCCUUGCCUCUGCAUGAUUUCCUGUGCCAGAGUCAUUGACACUUGCCUCAUCUUGGAGCCCUUCCUAUAGUCUGGAAACAAAAUCAGCUAGAGGAAAUACUCCGCUGUUCUACAGAACCCUCCCCUGGAAUUGGACCAGAGAGACUUAAUGUGCUUGUCACAGCGGGGCCAAGUGAAUUGUUGGAGAUUCUGGAAGAGUGUUCAAGAAGAUUCAUAAUUUAUCCUUCUGCCUCCAAACUGAGCUUGUACUAUCAGACUGCUAGUCAAGUACACCUUCAUGUCAUCCCAUUAACAAAGUAUUUUAUCUAAUACCUCCCUGUCAUGUUUCCACAAAAGGAAUGUAGAUGUACAUGAAGCAUAGCAAGGGUCAGCAGAUAUAUUUGGGAGUCAAAAGGAGUACUCAGCUAAGGGGAACCAAGGAGGGUUAGGCUGUCAUCUAAAUGCUGAUGUGGUAGAUUUUUAUGAUGCUAGAUAGUCUUUUGGGGUGGGGAUUCCACAGCAGGGACUCAAACUAAUCAUUCCUUACCAAUGAAUAGUAUAAGCCUGUUUUUGUUUCAUUCUAGGAUAAGGGUAUACAAUGGUUCCUAGCUGCCACAUGACUGUGGGUUUUCAAACAACCCCAUCGCCACUACCAAGUUCUUUUCCCAAUUUUCUCCUUAUUCUUCCUCUAUAAUUAACACUACAGGACUAGUCCUAUUGGGGUGAUUAUCAUACCUCCCUAAUAAGAUGCACUAAAAUAGCCAUUAAAACAAUCUAAGAUGCUACUUUGGACUGUUUUGCCUUUGGGAGAAAACAAUCAUUUUUUAUAAAAACAUACAUUUUUUUCACUUAUAUCUUUUCAUCCCAGAGAAAAUAUCCAAAAAACAACCAAUAACUGCUUUUAAUGUAGUAUUUACAUUUGAAAGAUUCAGGAUUUUAGUUAAGCAUGAAGAUUCGUUCCACUUAUAGAUCUUAGACUUUUUAAACUUCACUAGACAGCUUUUGCUGUGGCUAGAAAUUUUCACUCUCUAUUGGCCAACCUGUUAAUGAGCUUCUCCUACUUUAGCUCAGUUGAUACUCUCUUGAUCAACUCAUACUUGAACCCUUUUCAGCUUGGGAGACCCAGCAAGUUUUUAUAGGUAAGGAAACUUAAGUUCCUUAGAGGUUUAGGGAUUUGAUCUACACCCUAGCUAGUAAAGUUUUAGAGCCAGGACUAGAAUUCAGGUCUUCUAACUCCUAAAUUGAAUUCUUGGAUUUCUUAUACUAUGCUAUUUCCCUUUCAGGGUCUGCAACACAAUAUGAUCAAAGGAAAUUGAUCAUGUUCUUGAUUUUUUUCACUCAAGUCUUAUGUUACAGUGUUUACAUGAUCAUAGAUCUGUUAAGACAAGAAAUUAUUUUGAUAAAUGAAAUUGAUAUUCUCAUAUGAACUGGAAUUUCUAAACUGAUAAAAAGCCUCAUAUUCAACCAUUACCAUGAUACCUUCAGUGAUUUUGUCCUAGCUAUAAAAAUCUCACCAGCUAGAACAAUCUUUCAUGUAUUUAUAAUGAUUGAAGCUUUACGGAAUUCUUUCCCCAUACCCACUUUGUGAUUUAAAGAAUCAUCAUAAAACUUGAAGUUAUAAAGCACUUUUAGUGUUUCUCCAUUCAUACUUAAUCUGAGUAGAAAGUGAUUACUAUAAAUUUGAAAGGGGAGGAUGGAGAUUAGGGCAAUGAAUUAUUGUGGGAAGACCACACUAGGCUUGGUGUCAGGAGAUUUACACCAGAUGUUCCUCUGUGACCUUAGAUAAGGUACUUAACAUCUCAGGGUUUGUUUGCUCAUCUGUAAAAUGAAGGAUUUGGAUGAGAUGUUCUUUAAUGUGACUAGCUCUAGAUCUCUUGAAAUCUGUUGAAAGAAAUAAUGAUAACUUUUUUACUUUAAAAUACUUUAUUAUAGUAACAGUUUUAAUAACAAGAAUUGACUAAUCCCUACAGUGUUCUAGGUACUAUGCUAGGCAUAGUUGGAUAUCCAAGACAUGAAGUGUCCUUGCCUUUAAAAAGCUUCCAUUCUGUUAGGGGAGAUUUUAUAAUUGGAGGCAGUGUGGUAUAAUAAGUGAGAACCUACAUUCAAAUCCUUCUAAUUUUAGUCAAAUUGCUUUACUCAUCUGUCAAAUGAGGGGAUUGAAUAGCCUCAAUCAAGCUUUGAACCUCAUUCUAUAUGCUCCCAUAAAUAUAUACAAAAUUGUGAAAUUUUUGAAGGAGAUGGUGGUGGGAAAAAAAAGUAGUUCAGGAACAGGUAAAUUUAUGAGGUAGCUUUUGAGCUGAGCCAAGAAGGGGUGUACAGGAUAGGAAUUUAUGGAACACCCACCCACUAUGUGCUUUAUAAAUAUCUCAUAUAGCCCUGUCAGAUAGGAGUUCUCAAUUAUGCCCAUUUUUCAGUUAAUAAAACUGAAGGUCAAAUAACUUGCCCAGACUCACACUGCUGAUAAGUAUAUGAGGUCAUAUUUGGAUUCAGAUCUUUUUUUUUCCUUUUCUUUUUAUCCUGCAAAACACACUUGCAUAUAGUCUUUGUUGUAAGAGCAUACUCAUAUAUAGCCAAAACCCCAAAAUAAAACCAUGAAUACACUAAUGUGAAA